AUGUCUUCACAGUGUGAUACACAUUCACAGACGAAAAAGACAAUUUACAAUGUGUAUAAAUAUUUUAAAAAAUUAUCAUUGGAUACGUCUAAUACGGAGAUAGCUACUUUUUUUAAACAGACACAAGCAAAAACUGCUGAAGCAUGUGGUGUAAGUGAGAAAACUGUGAAACGUAUCACCGCGGAAGGAAACAAAUCUUCAUCUGAAUCACAGGCUGCUUGUCCAUCGUUCACUUCCCCACGAAAAACAUAUAAAAGGAUAAAAUUUGCAAGUGAAGUUGACGGUUUUGAUGCGGAUAUUGUGAGAAGAAUCGUUCACGAUUUUUACGAUAAACGUGAGUACCCUAACAAAUCAAAUAUUUUAGCUGAAUAUAAAAAAAGAACUGAGUACAAGGGUUCUGAAACUUCGAUGUGGCGCAUUUUGAAAAAUCUAAAUUUUAAGUACAAAAAAUGCAAUGACGGGCGUCGGUUCUUAAUGGAGCGAAAUGACAUUGUAGCUAUGCGAGUUAAAUUUUUGCGUACUAUAGUUAACCUUCGCCAAAAUAAUGAUACUCGGCCAGUUAUCUAUUUAGACGAGACGUGGGUAAAUCAGAAUCAUACCAAAGGGCACAUUUGGCAGAAUGAAUUUAAUUCAGAAGGCCUUAAAGUACCUACAGGAAAAGGGAGUAGAUUAAUUAUUUGCCACGCAGGAUCCAGUUCAUUCGGAUUUGUACAUGGAUCAAAGUUAGUUUUUCGAUGCCAAAGUGGUACGUCUGUAGAUUAUCACACCCAAAUGAAUUCUACUAUUUUCAAAGAGUGGUUUAUACAAAUGUUACAACAUUUAGAAGAACCUUCAGUAAUCGUGAUGGACAAUGCACCGUACCAUUCAGUUCUAGCAGAAAAUUAUCCAAAGGCAAAUGAAAGAAAAGCAGAUGUACAAAAAUGGCUGUCUGAAAAAGGGGUUGAAUAUUCACCACUCGAAACAUUGAGUGAAUUACGUGAAAGGGUCAAAAAAUUGGUACCCAGACAAAAAAUAUAUGAGCUUGAUCAAAUCGCGUUGGAAAUGGGACAUGAAGUCGUGCGUCUCCCACCUUACCAUUGCCAAUAUAACCCAAUAGAACUGAUAUGGGCACAAGUAAAAGGGGAUGUCGCCAAAAAAAAUGUCUCAUUUAAAAUAGCAGAUGUUGAAAAACUUGUUAACGAAGCAUUGGAUGCCGUGACCGUGGAUAGUUGGAAGAAAUGUGUAAGUCAUUGCGAAAAAUUGCAAGAAGAGGAUUUUAUAAAAGAAGGCUUACGUGACGAAAUUUUGGAGCCAAUAAUAAUGACUAUUAACCCAGACGAAGAUUCCGACGAUUCAGAAGAUGAAGAUGACAUAAAUUAA